AUGAGGAGCGCCUUCCGCUGGUUCAACCCAACAAGUACCGAGGACCCAAGGGACCCGUCGACCCGGUCCACCGCCGCCGCCCACAACAGCGAGGACAGGCGCACGCCCAGCAGACCUGACAGCGCCAGCGCCGAUAAUAUUAGUUAUCGCCUCUGGACCUCCAAGCCAAUCACCAUCGCCACACCCACAAGCACGAGGGACCCUUCAUCCACCUCCCCCUCAGUGCCCCCCGCCAAGUCCAGCUUCGACAGAAAUCCGUUCGCCUUGCCCGACGACGUCUUCGACUUUCCUCCUCCCCUCCCGACCAAGAGUAUCGAUAUGACCACUGGCCCAGCCAUGGAUUCCGCCAUGGGUCGGAGUCGUCAAGACUCCUUUGUCAGCGCUGGCCCCAAGCCAAUCUCCAUGGCCAACCCUAACCGCGACCAUGUUAACCGCCAACGACGAGAGUCUCUGGCAGGCAGCCUGAUGGGCGGCGCAAGCUGGGGAGGAAUGUCAUUCGGCAGCUUCAUUCGCGAUGACAUCGCCAUGGCUGGAACCUCACCAUUCGCCCACCAAGCCUCGCCGUCCUUCCAUUCCGGUUCUUACUUGCCUAAACUCGAGGCAAGUUUCAUGAAGGAUUUCACUUGCUGCGGUCUGAAUCUGCCCAACCUGCACGAUCUUCUGCAGCACUACGAAGAAUCGCAUACCCAGCCCAGCCCGAACACGGCGCGCAAUGCACCUUUCUCCUCUCAAUUCGCCGCGAUCCCCACCCAGCCGUCUUCUAGAGCCAGCAGUGCAAGGCCCCAAACGCAGCAACAAAAUACCACUUCCAUGUCGCAGCUCGGCCAGCAGAGUCGCCCAGGCUCCAACCUUGGCGGAGGCAUGGGAGGUCUUGGGAUGCAGCUUGGUCAGCAGAAUAUGACGGGUCAACAGCAUGGACAAAUGUCGCAUCUUGACGAAAUGGAUGCAGUUGGUGACAUGGAAAUGGAUGACGCUUUGGGCACGAUGGAGAUGGAUGACAGCCAGAGAACAAUGUCUCAGACUCGACAAAUGUUUGGCCAACAGCAAAGACCCCAGUUGCACGUUAACGCCUCGGGUCUCACUCAAGGUUUGCGGACAUCUCAGCCACCAACUCCUGCAGCCGCAAGCUUUGGUCUGCAGCACAACCCUACAGUAUCCUCUGUCAACACGCCCACGCUUACUACCCAACAAACAACGCCGCAGCAGCAGCGGCCGAACAACGGGUUCCUCCAAAACUCGCAGAUGCCAUCUAUGGACGACAUGGACGAGGAUCUGCCGGGGAUGCCCAUGGGCGGUAAUAUGGAGCUCAACGGUUCCAACUUUGGAGACGUGAGCUUUGGCAACUCCAACGGCAACAACUCCGAAUUCUGCAUCAACGAUCCUGGCAAGCAUCUUUUCAGUCCUGGUGGUGCCCUAACCAACCAGCAACGAGCAAUCCAAGCACACCUCAUCGGAAUGGGCUUCGAUCCUAGCCAGCCCAACAGCGCGGCCAACAAGGCCCUGAUCCAGAAGUUUGGCGCAAUGAUGAUUCCAGAGGAGCACAAGCCUUUCAAGUGCCCUGUCAUUGGCUGUGAAAAGGCAUACAAGAACCAGAACGGCCUCAAGUACCACAAGACGCAUGGUCACCAAACACAACAGCUGCACGAGAAUGGGGACGGAACUUUCUCAAUCGUCAACCCCGAAACCAGCACACCGUAUCCCGGUACGUUGGGGAUGGAAAAGGAGAAACCGUUCUCAUGCGACGUGUGCGGCAAGCGCUACAAGAACCUCAACGGCCUCAAAUACCACAAAGGACACUCGGCGCCUUGCAAUCCCGACUUCAAGUUUCUGGCUGCGGGGCUCAAUAAUCUCGCUAGCCUUCCAGGUCUCAUGGAGAAUUCGAUGUCUAACCUGCCCGGUAUUGGUGAAGAUCAGAUGAUGUAA